AUGGCAAGCGACGACCGACGACGAAAGAACGCCCUCAGCUGCGACGGGUGCAGACAACGGAAGGUGAAGUGUGAGAAACCAUCUGCUGGUCCCUGCCAGCGAUGUAGCAGGCUAGGCAAGCAGUGCCAAGUAGGAGGCUCGACCUCCCGACCCUACUAUCAUACAUCAAAAGAACGAUACGACCUUCUGGUCUCCGUGGUUCGUCAUUUUGUGCCUUCGGCUUCUUUCAGCACCGACAACCUACGUGAGCUUGUAGACACCCUGCCAGCUUCGGCGGAAGGCUCACAGCCGCCUCCCACACUGGCCCAACUGGAUACUCCAUCCUCGUCUACAGGUCCUGUCAGCCAGGAAUGCACAGUCGGAGACUUAGAGGGUACACUGAUGGUGGAUGCUAUGAACAUUCCUCGAUUCAGUGGCCCAUCCAGCUGCACUACUCUCAAUGCCAAGAUGGUUUCGCAUCUGUCCAAGGAUACCAGCGGUCUAUCACCAUUCGAAGAGAGUGAGCCACCAUCAUUAUUUGAUGGACAGGUGACUUCUUAUCAAAAUCCAAACUAUCUGCCCAAUCGCAAGGCUCUUGAUCAAGCAGCGGUGAAGUUCUUCGCAGAGAUCAACAGUGUCAUCUAUAUCCUUGAUCAAGAUAGAUUCCACCUUUGGCUUGAUGACGUGUAUGAUGGGAAGGGGGUGAGCGUAUCCAUCCUUGUCAUAUUAUAUCUGGUCAUGGCCCUCUGCGGCGAUCAAGACCCCAGUUUUGACAUCGCUCGCUCCUACAUGGAUGAUGUGAUCGAGGAAUCGAGAUUGGAGAGUGUACGAGCCAUCAUGCUUAUGAGCUUGUACCGCCAGAGAGAGGAUGAUCGCAGUGUUGCUUGGGCAAUUCUGGGUGUGGCAAUUCGGAUUUCACAGUCACUCGGACUUCACCAACGUAUAGGGUAUGCGAAGGAUACUUCUAUAUAUGGAUCAGAAGUUAAGCGGCGCCUCUGGUGGUCCCUACGCGAAUUUGAUAACUGGAGCUCUUGCAUGUUGGGCCGCCCGACUAGCUCUGGUAGCACAGAUCAUGAUAUCCAUCUUCCUUCGCAGGAAUUCAACAGCACACCCUACACCCCGCCUGGGUACGCCACCAGCUCAGCAUCUCUCGGUAUUAUGAUUGGCCAGAUAUCUCAGCAGCUAUAUAUGCAAAGCGGCAAUUUGCGAAGCAAAGCGCAAUUGACUGGCGAUCUUAUUCAGCAAGUUGAAGGCUGGAGCAAUAAACUGCCCGAUCACCUUCGUCCUGAUUCGGCAUUCCCCUCCUGCUUUGCUCGUGCCACGUUAUAUUUAAGCCUUAAAUAUAAUUUCGCCCGUAUGCUUAUCGGGCGACCUUACUUGACGCAUCUGAUAUUCUGCCGCAAUACACACGACGCUGUUUUCGAAUCCCGAGCAGAGACCUGUAAACUUGCAAAUGAUGACUCGAUUGAGAUUCUUACCGAAUUCUACCGCCGAGGUCUCUUGUCGACAUCUCUCUGGUUUGAUACUUACUUUAUCUUGGCAACGGCAAUCGUCCUGUUUCUCCGCGCGGUCGAAACGUCCAGUAUGCAGAAGGAGCUCAGAUCAUUUCUGCCUGUUUUCAAAUUGUGUGGCCAUAGCAAGGUUGGAAGAUACGCUGCUGCAUGCUUCGAGAAGUUUCUUUGCAAUUUGGAGAAUGGCACGAUGGAAAGACAUCAUAUGGAUGUCGAAAACCCUGUUCCCCAGUCGCCUAGGCCCGCCAAUGCGAUGGGUUUAUGUCAUGAAAUGAACUUGAAUGAUCUGGGAGACCUUAACACCAUUGCGUCUGAGUGCUUUGGCUUUGGAGGUGGCUUCGACCUGGACCUAUGUGGAGUUGAGUUGUCAUAG